UUCCCUUUCGCGAUCAAGUCAUGCACAGCUCUCUCCCUCCCAUUCUCCGGCCAGCAGCUCCACUGCCAAGUCAUUAGAAGCGGCUGCGAGACCGAACCCUUCGUCUUGACCGCUCUCAUCUCCAUGUACUGUAAGUGCGGUUUGGUCGAAGAAGCACGCAAGGUGUUCGACGAAACUCCCGUGUCGAUGCUUCUCGGCGUUUGUUACAACGCUUUGAUCUCUGGGUAUGCCGCGAAUUCCAAGGCUUUCGAUGCAGUGAGUUUGUUCCGUAGAAUGAGGGAAACUGGCGUGUCUGUGGAUGGAGUUACGAUGCUAGGUCUUGUUCCGGUUUGUACUGUUCCUGAGUUGCUUUGCCUUGGGAUGUCCCUUCAUGGGCAAUGUCUUAAAGAUGGAAUAGAUGCCGAGUUAGCUGUCCAGAACAGUUUCAUCACAAUGUACAUGAAAUCCGGGUCUGUCGAUUUAGGUAGGAAGUUGUUCGAGGAGAUACCGGUUAAGGGUUUGGUUUCAUGGAACGCGAUGAUUUCCGGGUAUGCCCAGAAUGGGUUUGCCUCUCAUGUUUUGGAACUAUACGAGAAGAUGAAAUCUUCAGGCGUUCGUCCUGAUCCUGUAACCUUGGUCGGCGUUCUGUCCGCCUGUGCUUAUCUCGGAGCUCGGAGCAUUGGGCAAGAGGUAGAGCUUCUUAUAGAAGCAAAUGGGUUUGUUUCGAAUGUGUUUCUCUGCAACACUCUGAUCAAUAUGCACGCGAGAUGCGGUAACUUGGCAAAGGCUCGUGCCUUUUUCGACAGAAUACCCAUUAAAAAUAUAGUUUCAUGGACUGGAAUGAUAGGCGGAUAUGGGAUGCAUGGACUGGGAGAGAAGGGGCUCGAGCUUUUCGAUGAGAUGGUUAGAAGCGGUUUAAGACCUGAUGGAACAGUGUUUGUGAUGGUUUUGUCUGCUUGUAGCCACUCAGGGCUAACAGAAAGGGGUUUAGACUAUUUUACAGCGAUGGAGAGAGAGUAUAAACUUGAGCCCGGACCAGAACACUAUUCCUGUGUGGUCGAUCUUCUCGGGAGAGCUGGUCAGCUAGAUGAAGCUAGGGAGCUCAUAGAAUCAAUGCCCAUUGAGCCAGACAGCACAGUUUGGGGCUCUCUGUUGGGUGCCUGCAAAAUUCAUAGAAAUGUAGAUAUGGCAGAGUUAGCUUUCGAGCGGGUAAUUCAGAUAGAACCCACGAAUGUCGGCUACUACGUAUUGAUGUCGAAUAUAUAUUCCGACACCAAGAACGUAGAGGGUGUCUCGAAGAUUCGAGCAAUGAUGAGGGAGAGGAAUUUCAGGAAGGAGCCUGGAUACAGUUAUGUGGAACAUAAGGGGAGAGUUCACCUGUUUCUGGUCGGGGACAAGAGUCAUGAGCAAACAGAGGAAAUAUAUAGAAUGUUAGAUGAGUUAGAGACCUUUAUAAUGGAGAUUGGUGAGGAGGGGAGCUGUGAUAAAUGCAAAGAGGUACCACCAAGCAGUAUGCGUGAGCAUAGUGAGAGGUUAGCGAUAGCGUUUGGGAUUUUGAACACCGAUCCAGGCUCGGAGAUUCUCGUGAUAAAGAACUUGCGGGUUUGUGAAGAUUGUCAUGUCUUCAUCAAGAUGGUUAGCAAGAUUGUGGACCGUCGGUUUGUUGUUAGAGAUGCAACCAGGUUCCACCAUUUCAAAGAUGGGGCUUGUUCAUGCAAAGACUACUGGUAAUAUAAUAAGUUAUACAAACUGCCACUUACAUGGAAUGUCUGCAAAUGAUGAUGUCAUCAAGCUAUACAUGUCAGAAGGAUGCCUGUAAGAAGUUUGAUGCUUGAGCAAUACAAUAACUUAGUCGGUUUUGUUGUGGUUUGCUAUGGAAGUUCCAAUUCGGUAACAUGUUCGUCUUCAACGAACGGGAUGGUUUUCCGGACAAUCACCUUCAGGGGAGCACCUGCGAAAAUGAGGAAAGUUUUGAAGAAGC